AUGAGCGGAGUGUUGAAGAGGAAGUACGAAGAGCUGGGGGAUGACAGCACCUACUGCUCCUCCUCCUCCUGCUCCCCCCUCUCCUCCUCGGCAUCCUCAGGCUGGGAGUCGGACGAGGAGAGCUCCCGUGGAGAGCCCAAGCCCAGCUCUGCCUUAACGCCCAGCUUCACCCCCGCGUCUAUCCUGAAGAAAUCCAAGCGACUAAAGAAGAACAAUGUGGAGUUUGACCGGGUCACUGUGUUUUACUUCCCACGCUGCCAGGGGUUCACGAGUGUGCCUAGUCGCGGGGGCUGUACCCUGGGGAUGGUGAGCAAACACAGCUCCUCCCGGCAGUUCACGCUAGCGGAGUUCUCGAAGGAGCAGGAAAACGUUCGUCGGGGGAAACUCGAAGAGAAAUUGAAAGAGGAGAAGUUGGAAGCGUUGAAAUGGAAAUUAACCAUGAAUGGCACAAAGGAGUCAGAGGAGGCCAACCAGCUCACCAUCGAAGACAUCUCCGACGACGACAUCGACGUCAGCAACGUGGACCUGGAGGAAGGCUUCUUCCUCCAGCCCUACCCCGCCAAGAAGAGACGCGCGCUGCUGAAAGCCGUGGGGGUGAAGAAGAUCGACAAGGAGGAGAAGCGGGAGCUGCACAACAUCCGUCUGUCCCGGGAGGACUGCGGCUGCGACUGCCGGGAGGUCUGCGACCCAGAGACCUGCAGCUGCAGCUUGGCAGACUCAGAUGCUGGGGAAGAGGGUGGCCGCGGCCAGGGUGACCUGAGCUGCUUCCACCCCGCUGACUUCUUCAUCGAGGACCACAGCGGCGAGGCCAAGCCUGUCCCGGGCCACUUGUCCCACCUCUCCGAGUGCCUGGACGAGAACGCCAACCAGGACGGCGGGGCUUUGCUGGAGGAUGCUGCCCACGCGCGCUGCGACGGGCUGUCCUGCUGCGCCUCGUCCCCCGCCGAGCCCUGCUCCAAGAGCUACGCCGACCUCAGCCUUUCCUCUGACUCCUUGGAUUUCUUCCAGUCCUUCUCGGACUAUAACUUGGGACCCCUUUACAACUCCUUAAAGGAGUACGAGAACCUCGAUAACUUCUCAGCGUUACAGUUUCAGUUGCCGAAUUUCCCCGGCUUCCCGCAAGCCGGAGAUCAGGGCUCCUGUUUCUUGGAGUCCCUCAUCGGUUUGUCUGAAUCCGUCCCCGAAACCCCGGCCCCUUUCACAGACAAUCAGCUUUUGGAGGAUGCCAUCAAGUCAUCGCUGAUGGAGACGGUGAAAGUGUGA